CAUGACGAGUCACCACUGAUGCAAUCAGCAAUUGCUCGCUAAAAGCUCCUAAGCUGAUCGCAGGAUGUUGGCUUUAUCGCCUUCUUCGUUUGCACCCAUCGAGUGGGCCUUGGAAGAACCCACAAGUCAUAAUGAUCAGAACUUGUUUUACCAGGACGGAGCCACUCUUCAGUUUAGUUGCUCGCCACCAGAUUAUCAGGUUCGUCAGGUUGAGGCUGAGGAGACUCAUAGAUCUACGCCAGUAUCCCUUGGCGUGAGCGGCGACCCUACCAUGGUCAAAAAGCUAAACCACAAUGCUAGUGAACGAGAUCGUCGCAAGAAGAUCAAUAGCUUGUAUUCCUCGCUUCGUUCUAUGCUUCCUUUGCCUGAUCAAACUAAAAAGUUGAGUAUUCCAGCAACAAUUUCACGAAUCCUUAAGUACAUACCGGAGCUACAGCAGCAAGUGGAAGGUCUUAUUAAGAAAAAGGAGGAGCUUUUGCUGAGAAUCUCUCGGCAAGGAGAUGCGUCAAACAGAGAAUCUCAAAGGAAAAGGGUUCAUCCCUACGCUGCCACUGCUUGUGUAGUUUCAACAAGCAGACUCAAUGAUAAUGAAUCUGUUAUUCAGAUUUCCUCUGACAAGCUCCACAAAACUCCUUUUCCUGACAUAUUGCUGUGUCUAGAAAAAGAAGGGCUUUUACUGCUAAACGCUUCCACCUUUGUGACCUUUGGACAACGGGCCUUCUAUAACUUGCAUUUGCAGAUGGAUGAAACUUGUAGAAUAGAGCCAGAAGUUCUAAGUGAGAAGAUUUUGUCAAUAUAUGAUAAGAAGGAAGGGAAUUUUCAAUGUUUCUAAAUAUGAUGAUGACCUAAUAAUUUGGGAGCCCAUUUGUAACCUGAUGAUGCCCGGAAAUCUGUACAUGUGGAAACAUUUUUGUGGAGAAGCAAAUUGGAGUUGUUCUUACAUGUGGACCUCAUGUGUUAGAUACAAAGCAAUCAGAUUACAUCAAUUUAGUACAUUUUCUGGAUAAGGAAGGGAUUAGAGGGAGUUUUACCAUUCUUAUAGCAGACAUAGUUGUAUACUUCCUCUAGUCUCAUUUAUAAAUUACAUUUUAGAAUGUAUAUUUGAUUCCAUUUAUAAAUCACAAUGCAAUUUUUUAGAUAAUAUUUAAAA